AGAAUUGUAGAAAAUAUAGAAAUAGUUAUUUAUACUUUGUCUUGGCACCGCGGCAUCCUGACCCGCCGGGCCUCUUUGGGGGUCCCGCUCUAUUUUUGACACAUUUUGAUUAGACGCGAUGGCCAAAUUGUUGGUUGGCGCAAGACCGACUUGACGGAGAGCAAACACCGACGUUGACUUGAAGAAAUGUAAAGAGAUUUUUGUUCAAAGGUCACUGGCUCCAGAGGUGGCAACUGUUUAACUGGAAGAUAAGCGGCGGGCGGGCGGUCGGGCGGGGAAGACCGUCAAAGCGCCGAUGACUGGAGCGGCCUGACGCCUCGGCGGCAAAACCUCAUUCUCUUCUCCUGACGAAGACAAAGCCAAGCGCAGGAUGUGGAGCAAGUUGCGCAACUAUCGGCGUUUGCUCUUCAUCGUGGUGACGCCGCCACUGCUGCUUCCUCUUCCUCUCCUUGUCGCCACCAAGGAGUCGCGCUGCGCCUUCGUUCUUCUUCUGAUGGCCGUCUUCUGGACCACCGAAGUCAUCCCGCUGCCCAUCACCGCCUUGUUUCCCGCCGUCCUCUUUCCAGCGUUUGGCAUCAUGACGUCAUCGCAGGUGGCCACGGCGUACUUCAGGGACUUCCAUUUGCUGUUGGUGGGCGUGGUGUGCCUGUCCACCGCCAUUCAGAAGUGGGGGCUCCACCGCAGGACGGCCCUCCGUCUGGUGGGCGCCGUGGGCGUGGAGCCGGCCCGCCUGACGCUGGGCUUCAUGUCGGCCUGCGCCUUCCUCUCCAUGUGGGUGCACAACACGUCGGCCGUUACCAUGGUGAUGCCCAUCGCCGAGGCCGUCCUCCGUCGGAUCCGGGGGGCGCACGAGCCGGGACGCAAAGACUGUCACCCGCGACCGGACGAAGUCCAUGUUGAGGAGGAGAACAAAGCUGCGAGGGAUGAGCAGAAACUGCCAGAACGAGCUCCAUCAUCAUCAUCAUCAUCAGAGGCAAGUUGGGUGGCGGAUGCGACGGCGCUCCCCGGCGACCUGCUGGUGGGCAAGGCCAUGUGCAUCGGCGUGGCCUACGCCUCCAACAUCGGCGGCAUCGCUACCUUGCCGGGAACGUCGCCCAACCUCAUCUUCUCCGAGUAUCUGCAGCAGAUUUACCCCGAAUGCGAGCGCCUCAACUUUGGUACUUGGAUGGCCUUGUGUUUGCCCAUCAGCCUGCUGGUGCUGCUGCUCACGUGGGCGUGGCUCUGCUGGCUCUUCAUCGGCCUCGACGUUAGGUCGCUACGGCCGUGCCGAGGAGAGCGCUCCGAGAGGGAACAAGCCACCAGGAAAGUCAUCCGAGACCAGUACAGAGCGCUCGGACCCAUCAGCGCUCAGGAGGUCUUCACGCUGGUGGUCUUCUCGCUGAUGGUCUCCUUGUGGCUGACGCGAUCGCCGGGCUUCGUGCCGGGCUGGGCCGCCGCCUUCCCCGGUCACGCCGAGCACGUGAGCGACGCCACCGUGGCUCUGGUCCUGGGACUUCUCUUCUUCCUGGUGCCCGCCCACGGACCCAGCCGCCCAUACGAGAGCAUGAUCUCCUGGGAGGAGUUCCAGGCCUCCAUGCCGUGGCAAGUGUGUCUUUUGGUGGGAGGAGGCUUCGCCCUGGCCGAAGGUACAAAGGAGUCGGGUUUGUCCCAGUGGAUUUCGGAUCUUCUGUCCCCUCUGGGCGAUCUCCCGCCACUGGCUACCAUGACGGUGACUUGCAUCAUUGUCACCACGGUCACCGAACUGGCCAGCAACGCCACCACCAUCAGCAUCUUCCUGCCCAUCCUCUCGCCGCUGGCGGAAGGCAUCGGCAUCAACCCCUUGUCCCUGCUGAUCCCGGCCACGCUGUGCACGUCCUUCUCCUUCCUGCUGCCGGCCUCCAAUCCCCCCAACGCCGUGGUUUACGCCUACGGACACUUUAGCGUGGCGGACAUGGUGAAGGCGGGGCUGGGCGCCAACGUCAUCGGCCUCUUGGCAGUGGUGUUGGCCGUCAGCACCUGGGGCGUGCCUUUGUUCUCUCUGGAUACGUAUCCCCAUUGGGCGCCGCAGUUGAACGCCACCGCGCCGUGACGCACGCUGACAGCUAGGUGCUAACACGUGUGAUUUGAGUUUUUAACUCAUCCUUUUUAGUAUAGUAAAGACGGGGAAAAACAAGAGUUGGAGAAAUUGUCCAACGUACAGUGGACGCAGCUCACUUGUCCCCAUAAGGUCCAGAUGUUUUCUUCUUUUUUGGUAACAUUACAAUUGUCACACAGCACGGGUCCAAUAUUUCUCUCAUUUCAACCGAAUAAAUGUGUUGAAAUGAU